AUGAUCUCAAUUGCCAAACAAAUGCCUCUGGAAUUAGGUUCCUAUUGGUUUGUAAUCUCAUACAAGUGGUUUCAAGUGUGGGAGGCAGCGGUCUUAGGAACCCCCAAUAAAGAUUUUCCCGACAUUACAGAGCAAACUCUUGGCCCUGUUGAUAAUCUGGACAUAGUAAAACCUGGAACAAAGGAAUUGCUUCCUGAUUUGGUAGAAGGGUAUGAUAUUGAGCUUGUGCCGGAGGACGCUUGGAAGAAAUAUGUAGAAUGGUAUGGCCAGCCAAAGAUCGAGCUCAAGCGCGAGGUUAUAGGAUGGCCAACAGCCAGUGGGCUGCCCGAGACUCGUGUUGAGGUUUAUCAGCCGAAGUUCACCACCUUCUUGCUUACGACUGGCGAUGGGCCCAUUCAAUGUUCUUCAUUCCAAAUAUCUUCUAAUGCUCCUCUUUCAACACUGGCUUCACAGGCAGCAUCUGUGCUUCAGGUUUCCCCCUCCGAUACUUUCCGAGUAUGGAACCUGCCGCCCAAAGUUCGCAAGUCUGGUAUCGAAGCCCACGAAGUGGAGCGUCACAGUUUGAUCCCGAUCUCUCUCACUAGUGAAGAACCUUUGACGGAUUUCAAUAGACUUGGUCGAGUACUUGCGGUCGAAGUUCGCUCCGCGAACACAUGGAUUCUUGACGCCGAAUCCGUUUCCAUUUCCAACGAUCCUAGCGUUCCUGUAGACGUUGGAGCCAAAUGGGAGAAUUUAGUUCCAGGAGUUCCGUUUAUGGGUCGGUUACCCCAAGUCCAUGUUCCCCGUGGGACGAUGGGCUUGCAAAACUUAGGGAAUACGUGCUUCAUGAACUCUGGGUUACAGUGCCUGCUGCAUAUUCCCGAGCUCGAACGGUACUUCCUUCAAGGACAUCACCUCGCCGAACUAAACCCCCACAACCCACUUGGAAUGGAAGGUCAAAUGGCAGAAGCCUUCAACAUCCUGGUGAAGCAAAUAUACCCGGCUGGGGCGAAACCCGGCCCUACGACUACACUCGACCCUUCCAAUGAUUAUUCCUCAUACGUGCCCUUGCAUCUCAAGGGGGUAGUUUGUCGCUGGGCUCCGGCUUUUUCGGGCUACCAAGAAUGCGACUCGCAAGAAUUGAUUGGAACCAUGCUCGACGGGCUACAUGAAGAUCUUAACCGGAUCCUCAAAAAGCCAUACGUUGAGAAGCCAGAAUGGCCGGAACACGACAGGGAAUCUAGUCGAGCGGAAUUAGAAGCUCGGAUCGCACAAGAAACGUGGGAUGGACAUGCUCGUCGGAAUGAUAGCAUCAUCACCGACUUAUUCCAGGGGAUGUACAAGAGCACAUUGACCUGCCCCGAUUGCGGAAAGAUAUCAGUGACGUUUGAUCCCUUUUUGACCCUAUCCCUGCCUCUACCGGCCAGUGUAUCAGCAUGGAAACACACUGUUUAUUUUGUCCCCUGGAGCACUCAAAAGCGUAGACUUGCAGUCCAGAUCGAACUUCCUAAAGAUUCAGUGACUGAAGAUUUGAAGCGCGCCUUAGAACACAAACUCGGUGUCGAAAGGGAUCGUUUUGUCGUUACCGAAGUGUGGAAACACAAAUUUUUCCAGUUUUUUGACAAUCGGAAAAACAUUACUGAGGUCGCCGAAAAAGAUAUGAUCAUAGCCUACGAGUUACCUAUCUCUGUCGGCUCAACAAACUCGGAUUCCGCACCCCAAGUCGUUCCAGUUUUACACGUUUCGUCAAACUCCGCAUUCGCAUUACCGUUCAUUGUGGUAUUGUAUCCUGAAAGCAGAGCCGAUUAUUCUGUGUUGAAAAGGCUCAUCGUGGAGCGCUACAACCAAUGGGUAUCCACCCCUGAUAUCACACCUGAAUCAUUCGAGCUCUAUGCCUAUGGUUCACACGGGCCAGGACCUAUGGAAACCGGGUUUCGUCUUGAGGACUCACUCUCCGACUUAAUCGACUUGCGGGCUCGAGGACAAGACCCCAAAAGAGGGACGCUGAUUAAUGCAAGCGAGGCUCUAGUGGCUAUUUGGGAACCUGACCAACGGAAUCGCCUUUUCCCCCGCGAAGGCCCCGCUUUCAACGAGUGGCAGGCCCACGGAUCUCAAACUCGGCAGUCUAAUAAGCAAGAGAUUACGCUCUCGGAUUGUCUAGACGAACUUACAAAGGUGGAACAGUUGGGCGUCAACGAUUCUUGGUACUGUUCGCGCUGCAAACAACAUCGGCAAGCAACAAAGCAGCUUCAGCUAUGGUCUUUACCUACGAUCUUGGUCCUCCAACUCAAACGAUUCGCAAAACGAUCCAAGAUUGAUAGAUUGGUUACGUUUCCUCUAGACGGACUGGAUCUGUCAGACCGAGUGGAAGAUGAAGGAUGCACUUACGAUUUAUUUGCCAUCGACGAACACAAGAGCAACGUCAUGUCGAGCGGACACUACACAACCCGGGCGAAGAACCAAUGCGAUGGGGCUUGGUAUCAUUAUCAGGAUAGUUUGGUGACCCCUACUACUCCAGAAGCAGCCAUUAAUCCUGGCGCUUAUUUGUUGUUUUAUCGCCGGCGGGGAGUUUCCCCUGAGGAUGCCUUGAAGAAAGUAAAGCGCAAGGGUAUAACGUCUGGCUCCCACAGCCAUUUAAUUUCGCUAAUAAUACCUGACUCGGUUCAGGGACUCAAUGUGGCAUUUGAAGAUCAUAACUUGGUUAUGAUUGUCAGGGUUUCUCGAUCACCCCGAUCACAUUUGUUUUUGAAGCGUACGAUUUGGCUGUUCUGGAGGGCAAGGAAAAUUGCACGUCGUCUUCAAGUUGGUCGAGAUUACAAGUUCUAUGGCGGACAGAAGCCUCCAAAGUCCCUGCAAGUUCUCGACGAGUCUACCCUAGAUCACUCGGCCACUCAAUUGAUUACACCCAAAUUGGCACCUGCGGUACAUAUUUUAUUCAAGGAGCACGAAGCUUUCGAGAGGUUCAUCAAGGCCAUUCGAGAUUUGAGAUUGGCUGUGCUAAAGUUUGCUCUCGCGCCGAACAGGGGUAGAUUACUUGAUAUCAAGGUCGAGUUGGAUACGGCUCAGCGGAGGUACGAGGCGACGAGGCAGAGUCAUUUCCUAGAGGAAUUGAGAGACGAAGAUGCGGAUUACGAUUGGAAUGCGAAGAUGGAACAGUUUGUGGGUUUGAUGGAUAUCGUUUCGUGCUUGCUACUUCUCUUUGACGAGGCAUUGGUUCGUGGGCGACGUGAUAAGGAUGUUUAUGGAUGCUGUAUUGAAGCCCUUUUCUUAGCCUCUGAUGUGGCAAGGUGA